AUGGCCUUGGAAGCCAGCUCUGCUACCAUUGAAAGUUUUUGCUCAGAAAAGCCUGUCUGUGUAAUCUGGGGAUGUCAGCUCAAUAGGGAGAGCCGGAUAUACACAUUUGAUACGCCAGAAGAAUGGUCAUGUGAGCAGCAGUUAGCUCUAAGAACAAUCUGCCUUGGGGAAAAUGCCAAGGAUGAAUUCAAUGUUGUAGAGAUCCUGCCGCCAAAGAGUAGCACAAAUUCUACUCCUGUGCGCAUCGCAACCCUGAAACUUUCUGUACUCCCGAUGGCUACUCUAGCAGGUCUUGAUCUGACUCCUCCCAUCACAUUUAGGCUAAAAUCAGGAUCUGGACCUGUGUACCUUGCUGGACAACAUGUAACAGUUGGCUUGCACUGGAAUGGAGAUGAUGAUCAGGAGGGAGGCUCAUCUUCUUCAUCACAGCAAAAUGAUGAGACAGAAAGUUCUUCCAAGGAAGACUCACCUGUAAAACCUGUGAAGUUUCCACCCAGCAAGCGUGUAUCUGCAGCCAAGAAGGAUCAAGAGCCCCCGGUUCAGGAGCCAACUCUGUGCCUGGAAGCCGCCGGCGGUCAAGGAUGCCGGACCAAGCCUCCGGAGGCGUCCCGGCAGCUUCUGCUCGGUGUCCCCGUUUUUCACCGGGCGGCUCACACGAGGCGGCGGCGGGAGGAAGACGGCGGAGAGGGAGGCCAGACCCGCGGGGGUCGCCGGCCUCCCGUGCUCCGCCCAGCCGCCCCUUUGCCCUCGCGGGCUGCCGGACCCCGCCUGGGGCGGAGCCCGCCGCUGCCGGGGAGCGCCUUGGAGAGGGACCGACGGCCGCGCAAGCCCCACGAGGACCCAGUCACUCUCGAACAGAGACUAAACUUUGCAUAA